GCGAUUUUUACUGUUAUGCGUCUCGCUUAUAAAAAGAUUCGUAAAAUUUAAGAUUCUAUUCACGCAUUAGCGCAACAAACAGGUAGACAGAAAAGACGAAUCAAGUUGGCGUUGGCGCGGACAACAAAGACAGUUGCAAAAGGUAAAACAAGUGAACAUCCUGCCUUUUUUUAUGCUUAAAUUAAUGCCUAGUAAUUAAAAAUUUUCGUCAAAAUCGAAUGUGCUUCGCAAAAACUACGCUUUGUUGACCUUAACACCGCCCGUCCCUUAAGUUACGACAAUGUGUUUCCAUGGUAACAACACGUUUAAUAAGUGUAAGUGAUAACGAAAGACGAGACUCAUGAACCUGAUAAAAAUAACCUAGGUGAUCAACUGGAGGAUCAUUUUAUAUUGUUCUUGUCGAUGUUGUUAUUAAAAACACGAGCGCAAAUUUCAUUAAAAUAGUUAUCUCCACCUGUGAAGCUUUCAGUAAUCUAGACCGCGCUCACAAACAGGUUAUUCAACUAUAACAGCGCGAACAAAGCAAGUGAAAACAUUUAAUCAUUCACAAAUAUAAUGUCUGUAAUUGAUUUUAGAAUUUAUCAGUUGUGAGAAAUAGAAAUACACUGUUUAAGUAGAAAAACUGUAAAACAAAACUAAGCAUACGAAAGCGUACCGCAAGGUUCCGUUUCAGGGCCAUCACCAACUUUGCACCGUAUACAUUCUUAUUUUAAAAACUCAACCACAAUGCGGGGGGCGUUUCUCGUGCUGUUCACCGUUUUGUUACGAGAUGUUCUAGCUGCUAACGAUACAUUGACAGAUUUCCUCUACACCGUGGCCGUUGUCGAAUACAAACCACUAAGGGAUACCACCCUCAGCGAGGAGGACAGCGUAGACUUGAAUGCCCAAGAAUAUAUAACGUUGCUGAGUACUACUCAAGAGGACCUGGAACUCGUUCUUUUCCCAGAGUCCACUCUGGGGGGAAGUACAGCGGCCGCCACCGAAGUACCUCUACCUUUCACGGAGGUAAUAUGCAAUUCAACCGACACCACAUACAAGAACUACCUCAAGAGGUUCUCCUGCGCCGCUAUUGACUAUAACACCACCGUAGUAGUCAACAUUAUAGAAAGAGAAAACUGCACGAGCAACAACGCCACCGGAUUCUGUCCAAGCUCCGGAAUAAUAUACUACAACUCGGACGUCGCCUUCAACAGCAGUGGCGGGGUGAUCGGAAGGUACCACAAGUGGAAUCUUUUCGGAGAAUACGGAAAAAGUCCGCCUGCUGAAGUCGAGCUAGUGUCCAUCACCACUAAAAACAACAACACCUUCGGGAUGUUCACUUGUUUCGACAUACUGUUCGCCCAGCCUCCUCUCAACUUAACCCGAGAUCUCGGAUUGAAGAACAUUCUGUUCCCUACCAUGUGGUUUUCUGAACUGCCCUUCUUAACAGCUCUGCAAACCCAACAAAUGUGGGCCCAAGAGAACGACGUAAACUUCUUGUCAGCUGGUGCCAACAACCCGCAGAUUGGGAGUGGUGGUACCGGAAUUUACGUGGGUAAAGACGGGCCCCUGGUGCAAGAACUAAUCGGCGGAACAGGUGGUUCCAGCAUCAUAGUAAGAAGCGUGCCUAGACCAGAGGUGGAAAACAACCCUUACAGGAACGUCACGCCCAUAGAAGAGGACACAGACUCGAUUGCCCUGGAUAUGGACAGCCUUUACCUGAUAACAGAUCCCUCUAUUGGCGAAUACACUUCCCUGGUGCUAGACACCAACAGAACCACCGUAGUCGAGGAAGUUUGCAAUGGGGACAACAUAAGGCUUUGUUGUGAAUUCAACAUAACGAUUUCCGUCAACGAAACUGUCGCUAAUACGUCGGGAAAUCAAUACACCUACCACCUCACUGCUUUUGACGGUAUAAGAAGUUAUUCCGGGGUGAGAGACGGAGGGAUAGAAUCCUGCGGAGUCCUGGCCUGCCUCAAUGACUCCAUCACGUCCUGUGGUCACAGAUUCUCCAACUACUCCGAAAUAGUAUGGCCGAUAACUUUCGAAAGCAUCACCAUUACAGCCGAUUUUACCACCGACGAGAACAGAAUACAGUUUCCCAACUCCCUCCUAGCUUCGAUACGUCCUGUAUCGCCACAAUAUACCGAGUGGAGUCGAGAAGUCUACGAUAACGUGACUAGAAGGAGCAUUUCCUUAACUAGAGCUCAGAAUAGACUCCUGACUUUUGGUAUAUUCGGUAGGGACUUUAGCAGAGACGGCGAACUAAAUCCACCCGGAGGGAAAUCUGUUAGAUUGGAACAUUUUACCACAGCUUUCCUUGUUUGUACGGGAGGCAUUUUUAUUGCUAAUUUCUUUUAAUAGUACAGCCUAGUACAUAAAAUAAAUAGGUAAUUUUUAAGAUUAAGUAAAUUAACUGUUGUAUAUUACUUGUAUGUAAAAUUAUGUGACCAAAACGAGAGAAAUAAAAUUUAUUAAAAUAUUCCA